AUGAGUGUGGAGAUAUGUUGUUUCCGCCUAUGGAAAACCAAUGUGAUUGUUGUAUCAUCGCCCGAGGUUGCAUGUGAAUUUCUAAGGAAACAUGACGCGGUUUUUGCUUCACGUCCUGAUUUUCUAUCGGCAGAGCUUGUCGGGGGUGGAUUUUCUGGGAUUGCUUUGACACCUUUGUGUGACCAAUGGAAGAAGAUGCGCCACAUCUUUGUCGCUAGAAUCUUCUCGUCAACUUCCCUGCAACUAAUGCAUGAUAAGAGAGUCGAGGAGUUUGACAAUAUUGUCCACUAUGUUGGAAAUGUUAUCAAGAACAAUGAGGGCUUGGUGAAUGUUAGGCUCGUCGCGCGACACUUUUGUGCAAAUGUGAUGAGAAAAAUGGUUUUCAACAAGAGAUUUUUUGGAAAAGGGACUCUAGGUGGAGGGCCUGGAGUCGAGGAAGAGGAGCAUGUGGAUAUGAUUUUCACUAUGCAAAAAUAUGUGUACUCUUUUUGCAUAUCGGACUAUGUUCCAUUUCUUCGACGUCGAUUGGAUCUUGACGGCCAUGAGAAAGCAACCAGACAUGCAUUAGAGAAUGUAAGGAAAUAUCAAGACCCUGAAAUAGACUUGAGGAUUAAACAAUGGAAGGAUGGAACUAGAAGUGAAAAACAAGACCUUCUUGACAUUUUAAUUACUCUUGAAGAUGACAAAUGUAACUCUCUAUUAACCACGGAGGAAAUUAAAUCCCAAGUUAUGGAUAUAAUGCUAACAAUUGACAAUCCAUCCAAUUUAGUUGAAUGGGCUAUGGGGGAAUUGAUAAACCAACCCGAGUUAUUGAAAAUAGCUACUCAAGAACUAGAUCGAGUUGUUGGGAAGAAACGUCUUGUUCAAGAAUCUGACAUACCCAAUCUUAAUUACACUAAAGCUUGCUUGAAAGAGUCUCUCCGUCUCCAUCCAGUUGCUCCGUUUAAUUUGCCACAUGUAUCUGUUUCUGAUACGGUAGUGGCGGGUUACUUUAUACCAAAGGGAAGCCACGUUUUAUUGAGUCGUCCUGGUCUAGGACAAAACCCUAGGAUUUGGGAUGAACCACUUCGGUUCAAGCCAGAACGUCACCUUAAAGAUGAUGGGUCUCAAGUGAACUUGUAUGAUCCAAAUCUCCAUGUGUUUUCGUUUGGUAUUGGGCGACGCGCCGACGUCAAUGUGCUGGAAUACACUUGGGAUCCAUAA